AUGGCAGGCACUACUUCUUCCUCUGCAUCUAAUCCAGUUCCGGAGCUGAGUAGCCAGAAUAGGUCAGUCUUGAAGGCUAAUUCAACUGAUAUGGGUUGGGAAUAUGCAGUUAAAGCUAAUCCUACAAAUCCAGAUAGAUUGAAGUGUUUGUUGUGCAACAAAGCAGUAAGUGGUGGAAUAAACCGAAUCAAACAACAUAUUGCAAACAUCAAGGGGAAUGUUGACGGUUGUAAGAAGAGUUCGGAUGAGGACAAAGCCAAAUGUAUCAAAGCUAUUGAAGAUUGGCGAAAUAAGAAGAGGCAAAAAUUUCUCUUUGAAAAAGAAUUGAGGCAAGAAGUUGUUAUUGAAGAAGAUGAAAUGGAAGAGGAUGGAUCAAGUCAUGAGACAAGAAGAAAGAAGCGCUUUCUUGGACCUAUGGAUCGUUAUGCAUCCGCGAUUGAUCCCGAUUCUUCAUUGGAUGAAAGUAAGAAGAUGAAGCAAAAAAAUAUCAAUGAUUCACUUUUUAAGGAAAGAACACAUAAUGUGCAUCAAUAUUUGGCUAGAUGGGUGUAUGAAGCCGGUCUUCCUUUCCAUGCCAUUGAGAAUGAUAGUUUCAAGAGGUUUGUGGAAGCGGUUGGGCAAUUUGGCCUGGGUUACAAACCACCAACUCAAUACCAAUUAAGGGAGCCAUUGUUGAAGGAAGAGGUGGAGAGAACUAAGGGCUUAUUAAAGAGGCAAGAAGAGGAGUGGGCAAAGAAUGGUUGCUCUAUCAUGACCGAUGCAUGGAGUGACCGGAAAAGAAGAAGCAUCAUGAACUUGUGUGUUAAUUGUGUGGAAGGGACAAUCUUUUUUUCUUCUAAGGAAGCAUCGGAUGAGUCACUCACCGGAAAGUAUAUUUUUGAAUAUGUGGACAAGUGCAUAGAAGAAAUUGGGCCACAUAAUGUUGUUCAAGUGGUGACGGAUAAUGCUUCAAACAACAUGAUGGCGGGAGAUUUGUUGAAGUUGAAGAGGCCAACAAUAUUUUGGACUUCUUGUGCAACUCACACCAUCAAUCUUAUGCUUCAAGGAAUUGGCACCCAACCUAAAUUCAAGAAUGUGAUUGACAAGGCAAAGAGUUUCACCAUCUACAUUUAUGCACAUCACAAGACUUUGCACUUGAUGAGAAAGUAUACAAAGAAAAGAGACAUAGUGAGGCCGGGAGUCACAAGAUUUGCAACCGCUUUCCUUACUUUACAAAGCUUGAUCGAGAAAAAGAUUGAAUUGAGAUCUAUGAUUACUAGUGGUGAGUGGAGUGAAAGCAAGCAUGCAAAGAGUGCAAAGGGGAAGACAGCUACGAGUAUUGCUUUGAGUCCUUUUUGGAAUGGAGUAAAUCUUUGCUUGAAGGUGUUUGCCCCUUUAGUCAAGGUGCUUUGCCUUGUUGAUGGGGAUCGGAAGCCAUCAAUGGGCUUUGUGUAUGGAGAGCUACAAAAAGCUAGAGAAGAGAUUAAGAAGACAUACAAAAAUCAAGAAGCUCAUUAUCGUCCAAUCCUUGACAUUCUUGAUGGGAAAACCCGUGAACGACUUGAUAGUCCAUUGCAUUUAGUGGGAUACCUCUUGAACCCUUAUUACACAUAUGUUGAUCCAAGCAUUGUAAAUGAUGGAGUGGUUAUGGAUGGGUUUAUUGAAUGUGUGGAGAAGUUCUUUGGUGAUGAUCUUGACAUUCAAGAUAAGGUGACCAACGUAAAAUUGCACAAGUACUUGAACAAAGAGGGUUCAUUUGGAAAACCUAUCGCUUUGAAGGGAUGCUCACAAGAUAAUGAAAAUUAUAAUCCGG